GUUCACAUCUACCACCAAAUAUCUCAAUCGACCAUCCCAUGAAGACGUAGCCUAUAUCAGGAGCGCGCACAUCUCACUAGUCUCAAGCAAUCUGGAGAGCGAAUUUACUUUCUGUUUUACUAGCAUCUGUGAGCUUACAACCUGCGAUGCUUGUGUUUAUACGAUUAUUGAUUUGUUAAUAAUGCGUACGGAUUUGAGCACAUUUAAAGGCUUGAUUUGAUUUAUUUAUGGUCCGUUGUUAGAAGAAGGUAGAAGGUGUGUUAUAUUGCGGAGGCGCAAUUUGAGCUCUUUUAUCUGUUUGGGUUUGUGAUCGAGCAGGAGGGAGGAGUGGCGAAGAAACGGCUGGUUAUCCAUGACCUCAGAUUUACAGCAUUACAGUUUCAGGAUGCCGAAUAUAGGGUUCCAGAACCUUCCCCUCAAUAUCUACAUUGUGGUCUUUGGGACGGCCAUUUUCGUCUUCAUUCUCAGCCUACUCUUCUGCUGUUACCUGAUUCGGUUACGGCACCAGGCACACAAAGAACUCUAUGCAUACAAGCAGGUUAUUCAGAAGGAAAAGGUCAAAGAAUUAAACUUGCAUGAGAUUUGUGCGGUGUGUUUGGAGGAAUUCAAGCAGAAAGAUGAGUUGGGAAUCUGCCCGUGUAAACAUGCCUUUCACAGAAAGUGCCUUAUUAAAUGGCUGGAGGUGAGGAAGGUUUGCCCGCUGUGCAACAUGCCCGUCUUGCAGCUGGCGCAGCAGCAGAGCAUGUCCGAAUCUGUGCCCCCAUUGCAGCAGCCUCUGCCCGGAGUGGAGAACCUGGUGUAGCCCCCUCCUGUUUCUCCUAAAAAUCUGACCACCACUACCUUCACACUCCCUCCUGUACAGGUACAUGCUCAUAUCCAAGGACAGAGCACAGGAUUUGUGCCCGGAGCCACGGUGACCUGUGACCUGCAUAUGUUCAUGUUCUGCCUUGGUGGCUUUACAAAGGAUUUAUUUUUUCCAAAUUACAAUAAUAGAUGAUUUACUCAAUGUUAAUCUUUUUUGGGUUUAGCUUUUUUUUUUUUCCUGUGGGAUAAUGAAGAAGAAUUGAGUUUACUUGGCCAAGCCAUGAUUAAAGUAACUGUUCCACACCAAAGCACUUUUUUGAGGACACCAGUGAGAGGCAAAUAAAAGACAAAGCCUAAAAAAAUAACGUUAAAAAUACAUUAAAAAACAGAAACUACUUUUUUAACUAAAGUUUUUUUUUUUUUAACAAGCACUUUACACAAAACUCAAACCUAGUUGCUUGUGAUAGUAGCAAGAUCUUGUUUUAUAUUUUAUGAUUUCAAACUUUUUUAGAGCCACAGAGCAAACCAUUGGUUUUAUUUUCAUUAGAGAGGGUUAAGUUUAUACUGUAUAUUAAAGGGAUAGCAGCUCUCUAGUGUGUAUAUGUUUGUGUUUGUGAGUGUUUAUGUAUUGACGGUCAGUAGAAUGGCUGUAUCAAUAGAUACGGUUCGCAGCGACUUUUAGCUGAUGGCCAAAACAAAUGUGAAUGCAGAGUUUGUUUUAUUAAGGCCAGGAUGUGACCCAGCAGUAUCUGAUCUGUGGACGUCUUUAUAUUUGAAAUGCUUUUUAACUGAGGGCUGUGUUAAAUACACACACACACGCACACACACGUCAGUACAUUUGAGUUCAAGGCCGUAUUCGAUGAGAAUUUGAACAUAACCUAUAUAUAUAUAUAUAUAUAUAUAUAUGUGUGUGUAUAUAAUACAUUUAAUUUUUAGAUGCAAAUCCUAUUAUGCCACCCCACACUUUCUGCUCUAAACACUGAAGUCUUCAUAGUUAAAGUAUUAGUCAUAGUAGUAUUAGUGGGGUGGGGGGGGGGAGGGUCUGUUUCUGAAAAUAUGCUUGGCCUAAAGCCACAGAUCUGUCUCCAAGAAAUAUUAAUAAAUGAAAUGCCACACUAGUGAGUCAAAUAAAACUAGACAUGCUACAGAAACAAACUAAGAUUUGACCUGAAGUCGGAUACACAAUCUAGUCUUUAUCAUUCCAGCCUCUUUCAAUGAAUCCAGCACAACACAGAAUCCUCAGCCAUUAAGAUCAAUGACCAGCAGGUGGAUUCAGUCGGCAGGAAAGGCCAUUCUUUAUUCUAUGUAAUAUAAUAGAAGCUCUGGCUCUUUCCUGCUCUAUUAUACAGCUAUUUUGCAGGGUCAUUCCACCAACCUGCCAUAGGGUCCUGCUGGGUCUCUGAGCCCUCCAUGUUAAGCCACUGUAGAAGGGAAAUAUGUAUGAUAUUACAUAUACGAACUGACCACAACACCACAAACGAUGCCAGAUGUGAAAAAUGUAUUUUGAUGCCAAGCAGAAUUAUCUGAAGCAAGUAAUGUUUUAUUGAAACCUAAACUAAAUCAGCGCUGGUUUGGUUUAAAGUGCUGAUUGAAUGGUUUACUACGCAUUCAUUGCCAAGCAAACUGCCCACCACAUUCUGCAAUGUAUCUUCGUGUCUUUGAAAGGCUAGAUUCAGCUUGUGAAUCAAGUUGAGCUUAUUUAAUUUUAAUUUAUUUAAAUGUUUUCAUGUAUGAAUAAAUGAAAAGACGUUUCUUUUGGCUUUUUGUUGUUGUUGUUGUUUGGUUUGCUCUGUACUGUCAAAAUGUAAAACACUGAGGGUUUCCUUUAGACUUGUAAUCCCUUAUCAUGGACAAAUAUUGUUGAGUCCUAAUUUAGGAUCUCUUCUUCACCUCUGUGGCGUUUGUAACACAGCAGGUCUUAAAGUGUCACUCUGAUCACGAAUGGAUGCAUAUAGAGAGCUGUGGUUCAACUGUGUCAAUAUAAUGUGAAAGUAGUUGAUUGUGUCUAAACUCAAGAAUUACAUUACUGCACUUUUUCAUAUUCUUCUGUUUUGGUGCCUCUCCAUUGAGGCAGAACUGAAAUGGGGCAA